GGGUCCGAGGGGAUUUGGGGACUGCGGCCCCCUAAAGGGAGAUCCUUCUCCAGCCUGGAGAGCUCACUAGACCGGAGGUAAGAGGGAUGGCCAUGCAAAAUGAAAGGCUGGGGGUUCCAUGGCAUUAAAAAAUGCAGCUGGAUGCCACAGUCUGCUUUCCAGCCCAGGUUCCAGACUCUGUCCAUGUUUUAGAUUGUAUUGUGUGUUCUUGGCUCUGUCUCAUGUUCUUGACUCUCAGUAUUUUGAGUUUUGUCCCUUGUUCUAAGCUUGUCUUUAGCUAUGUGUUCUUUUCCAUAUUCCCAGUCCUGACCUGUCAUGUUCUAGAAGUUGGCCAUUAUCUUAGACUUUGCCUGUGGGGGUUCCUAUCCUGUGUUCUAGAGUCUCUUGUUCCAGUUUGGGGCUCUGGUCCACAUAUUUGACCCUGUUCCAUGUUUGUGACUUUUAUUCUACAUCCUGUGUCUGGGUCCUGUGUCCCAAAUUUUCCUUCAAAUUCUAAGUCACACUUUAUAUUAAGUUUACUUAAUAGAUCCUGGGCUCUACCCCACUCUGGUUUUAUUUAUGGUGUUACAUUCUAAGUCUUGUUCCACAUCCUGUGCUCAUUAAGUAGUCUGGAUGUUACCAAUGCUCCUACUGUAGGAAAUGUACUCUUACUAGCUCUUCUGUGUUCCAGUAACUCUCUGUCCUGGUAUGGCGAGGAAUCCUACAUCCAGAGCAUGGAGCCAGGAGCUAAGUGCUUUGCAGUCCGCUCUCUGGGCUGGGUAGAAGUACCCGAAGAGGACCUGGCACCAGGGAAGAGCAGUAUUGCCGUCAAUAACUGCAUCCAGCAACUGGCCCAGACCUGCAGCCAGAGCCAGCCACCAGAUGGUGCCUGGGGUGAGGGUCAGAACAUGCUGAUGAUCCUGAAGAAGGAUGCCAUGAGCCUGGUGAAUCCCCUGGACCGCAGUCUGAUCCACUGCCAGCCUCUGGUGCACAUUCGUGUAUGGGGCGUGGGGAGCUCCAAGGGCCGGUAAGGAUGUCUACAUUUCCCCAAGCGAGAGCUACUUCUCCCUCCCCACCUGCAGGCUAUGAUCCCCACUGAUGCUGAUCCCCAGUGCUUGCACCCCUGGACACAGAUCCUCUGAUGUGGACCCAACACUGCCUCCCCUGCCUGGUCCAGUCCUGGUUGGGGAGGGUGGGUCCAGCUCAGCAGGAACAGCUCAGCCUGAGAGGUUGUGCUGAUUCUCUUCUGUGUUCCCACAUGCUUCUGGAACAGUGACAGGGACUUUGCUUUUGUGGCGGGUGAAAAAGACAGCUGUAUGCUCAAGUGCCAUGUGUUUCGCUGUGACGUCCCUGCCAAGGCCAUUGCCAGUGCCCUACAUGGGCUCUGUGCCCAGAUCUUGUCAGAGCGAGUAGGGGUCAGUGGUGAUGCCCCUUGCUGCUCCCCAGAUCCCAUCUGCCCUGAAGACCUGCCACGGCAAGUGGAGCUACUGGAUGCAGUGAGCCAGGCUGCUCAGAAGUAUGAGGCACUGUACAUGGGGACCCUGCCAGUCAACAAAGCCAUGGGCAUGGAUGUACUGAACGAGGCCAUUGGUACCCUCACCGCCCGAGGGGACCGAAACACCUGGGUUCCCACCAUACUCAGUGUGUCUGACUCUCUCAUGACUGCACAUCCCAUUCAGGCAGAGGCCAGUGCAGAGGAGGAGCCAUUGUGGCAGUGCCCUGUGCGUCUUGUGACCUUUAUUGGUGUUGGCCGCGACCCACAUACCUUUGGCCUCAUUGCCGACCUGGGCCGUCAGAGCUUCCAGUGCGCAGCCUUCUGGUGCCAGCCCCAUGCAGGUGGACUCUCCGAAGCUGUGCAGGCUGCCUGUAUGUUGUGAACAGGGUCUCCAAGCGGCUAGCCUGGCCGGAGCCGCGCCUCUACGCACUCGCCGAGCGGCCGCCCCGGAAAUGACGCGCUGCCCCGCUGGCCGUGCGGAAGUGGAGAUGGCGGAGCUGUACGUGAAGCCGGGCAACAAGGAGCGCGGCUGGAACGACCCGCCGCAGUUCUCAUACGGGCUGCAGACCCAGGCUGGUGGGCCCAAGCGCACGCCGCUCACCAAGAGGGUCGCCGCUCCUCAGGAUGGAUCCCCCGGAGUCCCCACCUCAGAGACUUCUGGGCUCCCCGCAAUGGGGCCUCCACCUCCUUCAAGUAAGGUUCCCAGGCCCCCACCUGUGGGGAGUUGUCCUGCUUUUGGUGUGGAGCCCACAAGUUUCCCAGUUGAGUCUGAAGCUCUGAUGGAGGAUGUGCUGGGACCUUUGGAACAGGCAUUGGAGGACUGCCGUGGCCACACGAGGAAGCAGGUAUGUGAUGACAUCAGUCGACGCCUGGCACUGCUGCAGGAACAGUGGGCUGCAGGGAAGUUGUCAAUGCCUGUAAAGAAGAGGAUGGCUAUACUGGUGCAAGAGCUUUCAAACCACCAGUGGGAUGCAGCAGAUGACAUCCACCGCUCACUUAUGGUCGACCAUGUGACUGAGGUCAGUCAGUGGAUGGUGGGAGUUAAAAGGUUAAUUGCGGAAAAGAGGAGCCUGUCUUCAGAGGAGGCCAAUGAGGAGAAAUCUGCUGCCACAGCUGAGGAGAACCAGACCAUACCAGGCUUCCAGCAGGCUCCAUAAUCCUGUGGUUCCCCAGACUCACCUGACACAAUCUCCUAUGCCUUGGUGUGGGAGGCCUUUCACUUGGCUUUCUCUUACCACCAGGGAGGUUCUCUGUCUUAUUCAGCCUGACUUACCUCUGUGGGAGAGGUUCUGCCUGAGCCAGGGGGAGGUCAUUUGUUACCCAUUAACACAUGCAAUUCAAUAAAAGCAUCUCAGUGGUGGGCUUUGGGUAGGUAGGAGAGAUAAGCCUUUCCCAUGCCACACUAGUCCCCUCUGGUGUCCUCAACUUCCCUGCUCACUGUGCACCCUGCAAACCUCUGUUCUUCCUCCACUCAUCAUGAAGGGCCUUGCUGGGCAUGACUCAAUUGCUGACUACCGCUUUCCCCAAAAUUAAGACUGAAGAGGACAUCCCUCACUGGGCAGAGCAGCCCUGUCUUUGGAUGAUUUCAUCCAAAGACAGGCUGGAGGCCCAGCCUGAGAACAGGCUCAAACAGCACGGGGAGACUUUUCCCUCAACAAGAAGAAAAGACAAUCCUGUUUGCACUAUAUCACCCCUGAGGUGUGUGUGUAUAUAUAUAUGUAUAUAUAUGUGCCACAGAGCUUAGAACCACAAUGGGGGUUUUGCUGUGUAAACUGAAGGAUAAAAAGAACAGAUUACUGA